AUCAUGCAAAUUGGACAGUUUUAUUGUGCCCUGAUAAAUAUUCCAUGGCCAUGACUUGUCAACAGCAAUAUAAUCAAGUCGACACUGAUUCGUUUGAGAGGUCGCGAGACGCGUCUACGUGUGGAAUGUGCACGAGCGUUGAUUUCACAGUUGCAUGGGAUUUUUCAUAAACCGCCCCGUUAAACUAAAUAAAGUGUGUAACCGCUGACCUGUUCGUUACGAGACAUUCUUUGAAAAUGAUUACGCAUAAUCCUCAUCCUCCAAAAUGUGCCCGCACUGUAAUUGUUUUUGUGACCUUAGACUGCCAGAACUCGAGAAAUGAUGUGCAAUGGGUCAACAAGUUCUGGAGACACUGCGCUUUAUUCUUUAGCUGUACCGUAUUUCAUAUAAGUCUUUAGGACAGGUGUAGGUGGAAAAACCAGCUUAUUGAUGAACUGAUAACUGAUUUCCUAUUUGUAUGAAACUCCCCCUGUCUACAGUAAAGAUUGUGGCUUACACGCUCAUUAGUCAUAAAUCUCACCCUGUGUGAGCUGUUACUGAAUCAUUUUUCUCCUGCAAACUGUAAGAUAUUAAUUCUAAACAAAUGCCACAGUUGGACUCAUGACUGCAAACUCGGCUAAUUGGAAAUUUACAGUUAGUGAUGAAACUUAAUUUCAGUGUUGUCAAAGGGAGGCAGUUUGAAUGCGCCUUUCAAAAAGCUACAUAACUUAAUAUUGGAGCCCAGACAAUACUAGAAGUUUGGGACCAAUGUGGAUAUGGAUUUCAGGGAGUAUAAACCCCAACAUAUUUUAUAUACCAGUCUUUGAUUUGUUGUUAGGGCCAGUGUUCAUUUUUCAGUGUGGAACAUCCCGGUAAUCUGCUCUUUUUCAUAAACCUCAGUCAACUAUAGAGGACAAAGACACGUUACGCCUGAAAUAACAGAUUCAAUCUUUAUAUGUAAACGAUCUGCAGAAUUUUUGAAAUGGAUUUGGCGAACAAUACACAACUUGUGCUUUGAGGAUUGUGGGGGGUUCUUUAUGAUUAAUAUGUUUGGAAUUCGAGGUUAAGCAGCAUCACCAGAUCUUGUUAACUACUGCCACAUACAAUUACCAGUUUAUGCUUGCAGCAUACAGCUCGAAAGCAUAGCCAAAAGCUAUUAUGUAGACACUUCCAUCGUAACGUGUGCAUUUUCAAACCUUUGCAGUGGUAAAUGAAUAAGUGUUGGCUUUGUUGCGCAGUUAACAAGUUUGAGAAGAUUUGCAUCCCAAGACAUACAGUUGUAUGAGUUGAGUUGAUGGCAGGUGCUGGAAAAGAGCUUCUAGGCUCAGUGAACACUCCCUGUGUUUUGUUCUUGGCUUUGCUCACUAAACAUCUGAAGCAGGCUCACUGUGAUUAGAACAUUAGGCUUGUGUACGCAACUGUUUACAGAAGGUGUUGUAGCCUACUUUACAGUCACGUUGGAUACAAAAAACAAACAAACAGUGACCACUGGAUUGCACCGGCCAUGUCCCCUGUUGACCUAAAAUCCAUGUCCCCUGUUGACCUAAAAUCAGAAAAAUGACCCUUCAAACCCUGAUGUAAUUAGAAAAACUCUCAAUUACCAUAUCUUAUGGGGAUGUACAGUAUAUGGCCAACUGAUAUUUACAGCCUCUAAGAUAUUAAUAUUCCACUUUUGGGUAAAAAAAUUAGUCCUGCAAUAUAAUUAGGCCUGUGGCAAUUUGUCUACUGAUAUUAUUGUGUAACACCUAAUUCGAAUGUCAUGUUGUUGUUGUUGUUGAAAAUCUGUUUAACAGAGUGUAACGCUUCUUUAGCCUGGGAGUAAAACGAUUGCAUUCCACAUUUCGACAACUACAUCUUUUGUUGAGCUAAAAUGAUUUUUGUAUACAUUUGUUUCUUCAUUCCAUGGCCAGCGUUGUUGAUUUAAAAAAAACAAAAACAAAAACUUCACUUUGAACCUCACAGUAUAAACCCCUCGGUGAGAUUUGUCCUGCAGCUACCAGCUGCUGGUUUCUUUAUAAGAAUUCCGUAAACAUAGACCUGGCUGAACUAUUUGUUUUAGUGCUCACAAGGUCCACAAUCUGCUCCAUCUGUAACACCAUUCCCACACCGCAGCUCUUUAUGUAAACACCGAGAUUUUGAACUGUACCAUAAGGCCUACUUCUGCAUUUAGUCGAUUCGUAUAUUGACCACCUUAAUCCACGUGUCUUACGAGAAUAAAUGUUCUGGGACAACUAGUUCAAACUCUGGUUUGGAUGAUGGGACAGCUAGAGAGCGAUUGUUCUUUCCAUGUCUGGUGUAGAACCAACACCAGUGAAGCAGCACUUUUGCUUAAGAGCAAGGUUUAGACAUUUUAUUGUGGUUAAGAUCAGUAUUUCAAAAGCCAGCAGUUCUUUCUACAUUUAGACUAUUGCAGCCGCAUCAUUACAACUGUGAAAAGCAGACGCCACACACAGCUACUGUUUUCCCCUCGUUUCACCACCAGCCCAGUGAUGUUGCAUAACUUACUCCAGAGUUACAAGUUCCCUCUUAAAGAACUCCAUAUUGGUUCGAACAAAUAUAAUGUAAAUUGAUCAUAAACACUGCAAAUUUUAAAGUUGUGUUUUAAAAUAAAAGACCACUGUGCUGGGGCAUUUUGGCACAUUUUACAUCAAGGCAAAAACUCAAAUGGGAAGAAUGUCCCACCAUUAGUGCGCAUGUAGCCACACACCAUGAGCUGCUGGUCAGGUGGUUGAUCUUAGACACAGCUCCCUGACUGCUUAAACAUGCGGACACACACACACACACCCACACCCCUCCUCCCCCGUAGUUAAGUCACUGGGCUCAAAAAUCCUCAAAACCUUCAACCUGUUACUCACGUCAGUGCUGGCGUGAACAGUUGGUGUUGGUUUGAACUCCUUUUUUUGGGCUUUUGUUCUGUCUAGAUACACUGGCUUGAUACAGACGCAAGGCGGAUGCGUGUGAUCGUGUGAGAAUCAUAUGAAGCAGCUUAAGCUCAAAGGCAUUUUCCCCCCUCCGAGAAAUAACAAGAUUCCUGUCGUCAUCGGCAACAUGGGAACAGACAGGGGAAAUAUUUUUGAGUGCCACUUUCAGAAGAGUUGGAAAAACCCCUCACACAGUAGCACCAGGACUGGGGGGCCAAAUCGGAGGAAAACUACUACGGGGACCAGAAGUGAGGGGAUAAUGCGAGUCCACGUGCACACCCAGUUCUGUUUCCUGUGCGUGCUCACCUUCCUCUUCCAUCAGUGCAACCACUGCCAUGGAGAAGGCCACAGCCAUCAGCACGGUGGACACCACCACGCCGACCACGACCUUGCCCACAGCGACCUGCAGAUUUCGGAGGCUCCGUACGUGAGCGGAGCCACCGCGUCACCGAAGUCCGAGAGUCCCCAUGACGGAGCUCUAGAGGAGGAGCAGCGCUUCUACAUCCAACAGCUGUUCCGGCGCUACGGCCAGAAGGACCAGCUGGACUUCCAGGGAUUUCAGAGUCUGCUCUUGAGCCUGGGUUUGGGGGAAGUGAAGGUGGUAGAUGUGGACCAUGAGGAUUUGGGUCAUGACCAUGUGGCCCACCUCGACCUGCUGGAUAUGCAGGAGGGGCUUCAUUCACAUUCAUCCACUGAUGAAGGCCACGAUCAGGGUCACGGUCACGGGCACGGUCAUCCACACAACAAGCCUGACUCCCACCAUCCACACACAGAACAAGUUCCCACACGGUGCAGCCAGCAGGCGUCCACUGUCAGUCCAGCGGCCGGUGCACCUACAGGGCAUGACCACAGACAUGAUGCAAAACAUAAUCACGAUCACGCCAAAGUAAAGGACGGGGACCAUAAACAUUCUGAUGGACAUGUGCAGGACAGACAUGACCAUAAACACAAUCACGACCACGCACAUGACAAAGAGCACAAACACGAGCAGGCACAGGUGCAAUCUAACCCCAAGGACCUGACCUCUCAACCUCACGGUGAACAUGACCACGGUGACCAUGACCACGGUGACCAUGACCACGGUGACCAUGACCAUGGUGACCAUGACCACGGUGAUCAUGACAACGACACCAGUCAUGUUCAUCGAGCACAGACCGGCACAGACGUUCCUCUCAUCAACCAGGAACAGGCGCCCUCUGUCCACUCGGGGCCGUCCCAAGUCCCUCAGGAGCCGCAGACCUCUCCUGCCCCGGCAGAGAGCCGGACCAAGAAGCCCAGAAAUCCAGCGCGGGUCAGAGGACAGCGGGGGCGAAACAGAACCUCUUCCCCUGACGUAUCUCCGCCCGACGACCACGAACACAAACAUGAACACAGCCACGGUCAUUCUCAUAAACAUAGGAGAGAAGCACCAGGAGGGCCCGCCACCCCCACUUUGCCAGUCCCAGUCCCAGUCCCAGACCCAGUCCUGUCAGGGCAGCACGCGGGUGGAUUUUCACAUCAGCACGAGGAGUGUUUGAACCUGACCCAGCUCCUUGCCUACUACGGCCUGAGGACCGAUUCCCUCAUCUCCCCCAGCCAGUUCACCUACCUGUGUCCCGCCCUGCUCUACCAGAUAGAUAGUCGCGUCUGCAUCCGCCAUUACCACCAGAUGGACGUUGAGCAGGAAGCCUUGGAUAACGUCAGUACCGUGUGGGUCUGGGUCUGGGGCUUUGUGUCCAUCACCAUCAUCAGCCUGCUGUCUCUGCUGGGCGUGGUGCUCGUGCCCAUCAUCAACCAAGGCUGCUUCAAGUUCCUGCUCACCUUCCUGGUGGCGUUGGCGGUGGGCACGCUCAGCGGCGACGCUCUCCUUCACCUGCUGCCUCACUCUCAAGGGCAGCAUGACCACAGCCAGCCUCGGACGAGCCACAAGGUUGAUAUGUUAACAGAAUUUGAUGGAGUGUGGAAGGGGCUAACGGCGCUGGCCGGCAUCUACCUCCUCUUCAUCAUCGAACACUGUAUCGGCAUGUUUAAGCACUACAAAGACCAAAGGGGCAUGAAGAAGGCUAACGAGGAGGGGAAGAUUGGCAGGAAGUUGUCAGACCACAAGUUAAAUAGGCGCUCGGAUGCAGAGUGGCUGCACCUGAAGCCGCUCGGUGAGGACCCCGACGGCACGGCCGUCUCCUGUGACAACGGCUACAAUGACACGCAGCUCACGGAGCUCCAGGCGCCCGACUCCCCCACCAACAAGACGCCGCUGGCGCUCGCGCUCCCCCAGCCGGACAACCUGUCGCCCGCCAAGGAGAGCGGCCACAAGGCCAAGCAGCACAGUCACCGGCACUCGCACGGCCACGGCCACUCCCACGGCGGGAACUGCCACUCGGACCAGGAGAUGAAGGACGCCGGCAUCGCCAGCAUUGCCUGGAUGGUCAUAAUGGGCGACGGCAUGCAUAACUUCAGCGACGGCCUGGCUAUAGGCGCAGCGUUCAGUGCGAACCUGACGGGAGGCAUCAGCACAUCAGUGGCGGUUUUCUGUCACGAAUUACCUCAUGAACUCGGGGACUUUGCGGUGCUGCUGAAAGCCGGCAUGUCAGUGAAGCAGGCCAUCGUCUACAACCUGCUGUCGGCCCUCAUGGCCUACGUCGGCAUGAUGAUCGGCACAGUCGUGGGCCAGUACACACACAACGUCACCAACUGGAUCUUCGCCAUCACUGCCGGCAUGUUCCUCUACGUGGCCCUGGUGGACAUGCUGCCGGAAAUGCUUCACGGGGACAGCGAGGAGCACAAGCGCUGCCAGCUGGGACACUUUGUCCUGCAGAACAUGGGCAUGCUGACCGGGUUCAGCAUCAUGCUGCUCAUCGCCAUCUUCGAGGACCGCAUCGUUUUCGACUUUGGCUUUUAGCGUAAUAGAGAGCGAUCGGGAGGGCGAGGGGGAAGGCCGGACGCUCCCCGCCCCCUCUUAGACUUAACGUGCUUUGUUCGCCAACGUAACGGCCCGGUCUUGCAUGCAGCGCGGACCCCCACCCAUGCCUCCAUUCCAGAACGUGCAGCUCUAGUUAAUGCAUAUCUCAUGACUCUGCUUAGUGAAGUUUACACUCUGCUCCGCCGCCGCCGCCACCUCUCCUCCGUCACUUCCAAUCCGUCUGCUCCCUGUGCAGCGAAAAAAGAAAAAGAAAAAGAAAAAAAAGGGGCCAGAUGAAAAGAAGAGCAAGGCUGCACUCAAACUCAAAAAAAAAAAAAAAGAAAAAAAAGAAAGAAAAGUCAGGUGGCGCAGGACCCGUGUUCCUGCAGGGUGACCCGCCUGUCCAUCAUCACCCAUUGUUAGUGUGUUGUUAGCGUCGUAGCACUCCUCGUCUCUCAUCCACCCUGUGCUGUGUCCCAUCACUCGUCCAUCUGUGGUGUGUGUCCUUCACCCUCCCAUCCACCACGACUUCUGAUGUCAUCACAUCUGGUGUGUGUAUGUGUGCGCGCGCGCGUGUGCCGAGCCCUGGCCACUGGAGCAGCACCGUCGCAGAGGCGCAAGCACAUCUGGAAUUAACCCUUUAGCUCGUGCCGAUAGUGUUUUAAGUUGCGAGUGAAAAUAGAAAAUAAUUAUCGAAAUGACUGUUAUUGUUUUCUUUUGCUCCAGGUUUCUCCAUGUAUUACUUUUGAAUUAUGAUUAAUUUUUUUAAUUAGAUUUUUUUUGUUGGGGGGGGUUAUUAAACCUCUGCUACUUCCUAGUAAUAACUAACAGCUGCCAAUCCUUUAAAACGUAGCAUUUACUGAUUUCCCUUAGGAACUAGAUCAGGCGUCUUUCCUUCUGAUAAUCUGUAGCCAAUGAGACAAAUCGUUGUUAGGCCAUAACUGUUUUUGUGUCUUUCUUUAUAAGAAUCAGCAGAUUCCGACUCGUCAUUCCUGCGUUCAUCACAAAGUGUCGUCGUUUACUGAAGCGAUUCUCUAAAAGGUGCUCGCGUCUGACCCGACCGCAGGAGGUCGAGUCGUCACACUAACCCGAUGAUGUGCUGUAAAUACAUAUAGCGUCAGUAGCCGACACCGAAAAAGCGAAAAAAGAAAAACGUUUGUUCCUGCUGAAAUUUCCUCUGUCAAAGAAUCACUGGACGACCUGAAAAUCAGGGAAGACGGACCAAGCAAAAGGAAGAACUGUCGCGUGGCAGCAGCUUUCAAUCGAGCAUUCCCUGCACUUUAGUCAAACCACAAGUUAAAAGAUUAUUAUUAUUACUAUUAUUAUUAUGAGCAUUCCUCGUGUGUAGUCACUCUGGUGACUGUGCCAGCUUGGGAUUUCAGUGGCCGGUGCUUGAUGCUUGCCCUAUCCUCCCCUCACUCCCCGACAUUCCAUUUGUUGUUCUCGCGGCUCACAUGCUAAGCUGGCCCGCCCUGGUUUCAGCAGCUGGAGCGCACAUACUGUGUGUGUUGUCAUUUUAUGCUGUCACUGUGUGACAUCUGCGUCUGCGUCUCGAACCGGCUGUGAAACCACCGUCGUUCACAUCGAAACUCAUGUCGCCCGUCUGACCGGAGCAUGAGUGAAUCGUACAGACAUUGUGUUGAGUGUAAAAUUAUUAUUAUUAUUUAAAAAAAACAGUUUUCAUUCUUUGUACUGCAAAGAUAUCAACGGGCUUUGUUUACUCUCUGAAUGACGUGUGCGUGGAGGUCAGGGGUCGUUCUCGGGGGUCAUUGUGCAACUAGUGUUGGGAGUAGGUCGCAGGAUAUUCAUAUCAUCAUUUGAAUCUUCAUAUUUUACAGGCAAUUUUAUGAUUUCAUCUUCGUAUUUAAUUUUUAUAAGAACAGGACCUGAAUGUAAUUUCACUCAGCUCAUCAUUUGCUCUCUUCAAAAAUAUUCAUUAAGUGAUUUCCUACAGUAUUCAAUUUGACCUUGACAUUUUUUGUUGAACCAGUUAUAAUUAUAAAUCAAAUAAAAAAUGUUCCCGCCACGUAUUUGCCUUUGAUUUGUGUCUGAAGGGUCAGUGACACUUGAGACUCUCCGCCCCCAAACUACAAAGUGUCUUCACUGUUUAUCUGUGAAAUGAAAGUCCACGGCUGUUUUCAUUUUUUUCCUUUGUUGUCUGUAUAUUUGUCGAGUAAUGUGGAAAUACAGUGUAAAAUGUGACAUCCAUGCUGUUUGCCUGUCUGUGCAUUCUCUUCAUGACGGAAGGAAAAUAAACUCUGGAAAGAUC